UUGGGAAGACUUCCUGAAAGUUCUGCUUCUUUAUUUUCUCGUCCUGAAAGGAAUGAUCAAAAACAACAGAAUCAGUCAGGAGGUUCACUUUUGGACUGUACCCCCAGAUGUUCUCACGGGUCUUCUAGGUUAGAAAGGAGCAGAUCUAAUCUCAACAACUGUUUAUCCAUCCAUCUUCUUCUGGGACUGGGUCGUGGGGGCAGCAGUCUAAGCAAAGAUCUUCCCUCUCCCCGGCCACUUCCUCCAGCUCCUCUGGGGGGACCCCGAGGCGUUCCCAGGCCAGCCAAGAGACGUAGUCUCUCCAGCGUGUCCUGGGUCUUCCCCUGAAAGACAUAAUUAAUGUCAGAUUUAAUUGACUGAUUCAAGUACUUAUCUGGUGUUCAGUAACCUCCUGACCCAUGGGGGGUCUGACUUUCAAAGCCAGAUCACUUCUUCACAAUUCAAGAAAACAAUCUUAGGAGAAACUGUUUAUUAUUAAAGGCUCUUGUCUCGUGCUUUAUGUAAACCAACCCUGACCUGAACCACCACCCCCCACCCACUGAUAAGAUACGCCAUCAACCUUUGAGCCGAGGAGCUUCAGCUGACGACUGUGUUUAUAACUAGUUUUGUUCAAAUCAUGUCGCAGAAGCUCUGUCUCCUCGGCUUUACCAGCAAGUUUCUGCAAAUCUAAUAAAGAACUGGUCCCGUCUGAGACUGACCAGGAUGGAGAGAGGAACCUCCGUCAGUCCUAAUCCAGGACUGGAACUGAGGAGGAGAGAAAACUACAGACCACAGGUCCAGCCCGGUUCUUCAGAGUCCAGAUUCAAAGACUCCGAAGGGACAUCUCAAUGGACAUUGUACUCACAAGGCCGCUGGAAGCAAAGGGGAAAGCUUGCAGGAGUUCAGGUUGAGACUAAAUACAGAGGUCUGGCUGAAGACGAGGGGGGUGGAGUGCAGAGAGAUGAGAUUGACACCAACAACAAAAAACAGUUUUUGAAUAAAACACUGCUGGACCAUUUUAGACAGCUCGCUGCUACCAACCAGGACACUGACCAGGUUGAUCUCCAGUUCCUGGAUGGACUGAUCUCAGAUGGUGCAGACCCAAACAGCUCAGACAGAUACGGACAGACAGUCCUACAUGAGAUUUGCAGGUUGUGGAGCGUGGACGUGAUGCGAUUCUUUUUGGACCGGGGCGCCGACCUGCUCUGCUCUGACCAGUAUGGAGUCACCGCUCUGCAUGUAGCCUCUGCUCUGGACUACCAGGACAUGGUCCAGUUCCUGAUAAGCCGAAAAGCUGACGUAGACGCUCGGACCCUUUUGGACCGCCAAACGCCGCUCCACUACGCCGCAAAGAACGAUGCCGUCGGCGCCAUCAGACUGCUGCUGCAGGCCGGCGCCUCCAGCAGCUGCACAGAUUACAAAAACAGGACUCCUUUACACCUGGCAGCAAACAUGGAGCGCAGUGAGGCAGCGAGGGUCCUGCUGGAGCUGGGAGCAGAGGCAGGAGUGAAGGACUCUGACGGACAGCUCUGUAUAACCGCUCUGAUUGGACAAAUGAGUCCUGUUGCUCAUCUGGCGCUUCAGCAGUUCCACGUGACGGACAAAGUGAGCAGGCAGCAGUAUUUCUACCUGAACCUGCUGGAACCAGAACCAGAGUUCCCCGAAGACGACCCGCAAGGUGACGGGAAUUAUGGGCCGCCUUCUGCACUGGAAGAGGUGGUUCAGGAAGGGAAGCUGGACCUCAUCAUGAAUCCAGUUUUCAUCAAGCUGAUUCAGAUCAAAUGGAAACUCUAUGGCAGGUUUGGGGCGUGGCUUCUACUCAUCCUAAACUUCCUGUUUAACGUCACCUGGACAACAGCUGCCGUCUCUGUGUCUGUCCACCGCGAUGGGCCGGACCGCUACGUCUUUCCCCAGGAUUGGUGGCGUGUUCUCCUGGUGGCGCUGGCGCUCCUGCUGACCGCGGAGGAGGUCUUCAGGGAGGUGCAGGACAUCCUGCGCUCCAGGAGGAGGCUGCAGCUCAGGCAGCGCUGGAUGGAGCGUCGCCUCGGGGACGACCUGGACUGUUCUCAUCCUAUGUGGCCACAGGAGAAAUGUUUCCUUCUGGAUCAGAUCACGAAGGUUCGUAGGAUGAGAGGAAGUUACAGCCGGGAUGUGUGGAACGUCUUUGAUUGGCUGGUGUACUGUCUGCUGGCGGCGUCCUUCUGCGUCCACAUGACGGACGUUUUCCACCCCUCCGACCAUCUGCACGCGCUCAGUCUGCGGCUCUUCGCCGUGUCCAUCAUUUUCCUCUGGCUGCGACUCAUGAAGCACGUCAGAGCCUUCAGGCUCAUGGGACCUUUCAUCGUCAUGUUGGGAAAUAUCAUAGGGGACGUGAUGUGUUUCCUGUUCCUGUACGCGGAGAUCUUCAUCCCGUACGCCUGCAGCUUCUGGAUCAUAUUCGGAGGCUCGUCCUCAGUUCCCAGCAUGAAGACGGUUUCAGGCUUGCUCUUCAGCCUGUACCGGAUCACUCUGGUGGACGAGUAUGAGUACGCUGCCAUGGUAACGGUGGAUGACGUUAUGGCUCCUCUGCUGUGCGGAACGUUCCUGGCUGCUUCCUCCAUCCUGUGUGUCAACCUGCUGAUUGCACUACUGACAGACACAUUUCAAAGGGUGCACGAUAACUCGCAGGCUAACGCUGUGAUGCAGCAGGCCGCCGUGGUCCUGCAGGUGGGCGCCAUGACUUUCCUCCGUCGCUUCUACGAUGAACAGUACAUUUCCAAAUACUGCUCGCCAUUGGCUGCCGGCCUCACGUCCGUCUCUGGAUAUCACUAUGAAGCUAAAGACAUCAAGACGCAGAUCAAAGAGACUUUGGACCAGAUUCUGGUUCUGAAGAGGGACACUGGAGCAGAACCUUCGAGGGAUCAGUUGGAACAGCAAAACCAGAGACUUCCCAACCAGAACCCAAAAAUUCUGGGCCAGGACCUGACCCAACAAGAGCUGAUGGAUCAGAACGAGGAGAACCAGAAGCUUCACAAGCAAGAACUUCAAGCCAUCCGAGAAGAGCUGAAGGAACUGCGGAUGUUGGUGCAGAACCUGGUUCAGAAGAGGACGGACUUUGAAUGAAGAGCCGCUUCCAUGAAACCACGUUUUUAGUGUUUCCAACAUGUUUUUGUGUCUUUUUCUGAUGAUGGAGGACUUAUGUAAAGUAAAUUAAGCUCAAAAUUA